UAUCUUAGCAACGGGGUAAGCGCGGCGAGUAAACACACAGCAGCGAGAGAGCGAGCAACUCAUCUUCGUUUGGCAGCCAGCGAGGGCGAUGGACGUGCGACAAAGAGCGGUCGAAGCCAUGUGAAGGGUCAGGCCUCGGGCCUCCUGCUCCUUUCCCCGGGGCAGCAGAGAGUAAGGUGCCCGGAGCCGGAGCCGAACGCUGAGGGCAGGGAGGAAGGUCUGUCGCCAGCUUGCACAGCAGGGGUGGAGGGAACGAGGGGCCGAUCUGCCAUCGCAGUCGGUGGAGCCGCUACCUCACAACGCCAGACCCGUUCAAUCCUGGCCUCGGCAAUAUAGCUCACUGAAGAUUUAAAUAUAUCAAAAGGAACAUCUGAAGAACGAAGCAAUGGCAACUGAAGCCAUAGAACAGAAGAAUCAGAUAGAAGCCGUUGAAACUAACAGAGCCAGAAUUGAUGAUAAUCUAACGUUGAAAACGGUGAGCCCCAAAGUGGAUGUUCUGCAAAUCUUGGAACCAGUAAGAAGAAAGCUUGCAUCAAUUGAAGCAGAAAGGAUUAUUUCAGUAAUCGAAAAGACCAUUGACAAGUUGGAAAAAGUUACUUUGCUUCCUCAUAUAUCCAACAACCUCAGUAGGUUCAGUGUUGCUCUUGGUUUAGAGUUGACAUGUGCUAUAAGGGAGCAUGUUAGACUAGAGCAACAUUUUUAUUAUACUGUAACUAAAUUGAUUGAGAUUGAGCAUCCUGAGGAAGAUCAAAAUGGCAUGCACAAAGUAAAAACCAAAGCAGAGAGAUAUAACAACUUCACACUCCUUCAGCAGGCCCUUGGUAGCUCAGUUAAAAACAUCAUCCGGCUCUUUGAUGGGAAUCCCUCAGCAUGUCAAAUAAUCCAAAUGGAAUGUAGAGCCCGAAAACCUGUCUGCAUGGGUCUCAUUCUGGCACUAAAGAAGUUGAGAAACUUUGUAUUUGGGAGACUUUUGAUAUCACCCUCGGAAGAAAAAGACAAGACUGAGUUUGUGGAAAACAUCAUAUUGCAAGAUAAACAAAACACAGUAAUCAUCGCCACUUUGGAGGCAGAACUGGCAGCAGCCAUCAAAGAUAAAGAAAAUGAGAUGUUGAAGAAGAAUGAGAUCAUUCGAAAGCUCAAAAACAACCUGCUUCAACUUGACUUAUUUUCAGAAGAUUCCAUUCGUCAAAUUAAGCAAGAUUCAGAAAAACAGCAGCAAGGUGACCAGAAAGAUUCAGAAGGAAGAAUAGUCAAGUUACAGGAAGAAAUAGCUCAGCUCCGAACCCAAUUGAAUAACUCAAUAACAGAACAUAGAUCAACCGAACAAUCAUUAAGAAAGCGCAAGUACAAAACUGAAACAGAGAUUGAAAACUGGAUCCAGAAGUAUGAUGCUGACAUAGAAGAAAAACAGGAGGAAUAUGAACAACUCAUUAAAAUCCACAAAGAUGAAGGCAUUCUGCUCUUUGAGUUAGAAAGCAAGAUUGAAGCAAUUGAAUCGGAAUAUGUUCAGGUUGUAGAAGACAGAAAGAGAAGGGCAGAAGAAAAGAGGAUCAGAGAGGAGCAAAUAUACCUCAUGGGAAGAGCAGCUGUUACCAUCCAGUCUUUCUGGAAAGGUUUCAAAGUCCGUCAAUUGAUCAAAUCUUUGAAGAAGAAAAAAAAGAAAAAGGGAAAAGGGAGAAGAAAAUAAAAUCAAGACGAUCUGAAGACGGGUUGAAAAAAAUAAAUGUAACAACCAUCCUCUCAAGAUUAGUUGCAAAUCAUUUAAAUGUUUUCUUCAUUAAUACUGUUUGCACAUAACAGCAAAUAACAUCUUCCAAAAAUUAAAAUAAACGUUUAACUUAA